GUCUCCCUCGAGUCCAAGCAUCCUGUUAUCAUUCAACUUCGACGGAGUGAUCUAGCAGUCGAGAUCCGACAUGUAUGAACUAGCCGACGCUUCCGACGAUCACCACAAUCACCACGAUGGACACGCGCGCCACCAUCAUCAUCACGACCACGACAGCAACGACACGGACGGUGCCUCCCUCGUCCACGCAAAUGCAGCGCACUUCGAUGCCGAGGCAAACGCGACGGACGACUCGCCCAUGCGGCUCGAGGUCGCGAGGCGUCUUGCGCGCGCACUGCGCGCCGCGUACGCGUUCGACGAGGACGCGACGACGGUGAUGGACUACGCAUGCGGCACCGGGCUCGUCUCGCGCGCGCUCGCGCCGCAUGCACGCGUGCUCGUCGGCGUCGACGUCAGCCAGGGCGCGGUCGAUCGCUACAACCUGCGCGUCGCGAACCAGGGGAUCCCGCCCGCCGAGAUGCGCGCCGUGUGCGCGGAGCUGCGGGGCGACGCGCAGGAGCUCGCGGCGCUCGGCGGGGAGCGCUUUGACGUCGUCAUCUCAGGGUCACACGUGGGCUCGAUGAUACUCCCGCCUGCGCGCCGAUCUGUCUUGUUUUGUUUUGUUUUGGGUCGUGUCGUGUCGCGCCGCGGGAAGUGCACGAUGGCGUACCACCAUUUUGCGGAUAUCGCGGAGACGACGCGCGUGCUCGCGUUCUUCCUCAAGCCCGGCGGGAGCCUGCUCGUCGCGGACAUUAUGAAGCGCACGAAGCCUGCGCCCGGCGGGUUGAGCUCGGGCUCGGGCUCGGGCGCAGGCGCAGGCGAGGAGCCCGACGAGGUCAUUCCGAAGAGGUACCACCACAUCGUCGCGCACACCGCGGGGCUCGGCGAGGCGGACAUGCGGGGUGCGUUCGAGGGCGCGGGGCUCGAAGCAUUCGCGUUCCGCACGGCCGCGCGCGCGCGGACGUGGGGUAGUGGAAAGGAGGUCGAUUUUUUCGUCGCGAGUGGGGUGAAGCCUCUGGAGGACGCGGGGCAGGCGCUUAGUACGUAGGUUCGUCAGCGAGACGGCGCGGGUGUACGAUGCGGCAGUUUGGGUCAAGGUUCGCGUGUGUUGUGCGAGCGCGUCGCGCGAGGGGUCGGCCCAGUGCUCGCGACGAUGUUCAACUGUAUAAAAUGAAACUGCAGGCUUCAACCAGUGUUCAUC